CAUCGCUAUUCUCCCAUCAAGUUACCCAUCCUGCGGUGAUUCCUGCCAUCCGCCGAGGGGGUCAUUGGCGGCCACGUCACAUAUGACUCAUUGUUAGACACGUCUCAGGACCCAUGGAUGCGAUGGAUGCCGUUCUGCGCAACUUCAAGCUGAUUCCCUGCCCAGAAGGGGACGGUUGUUCCAAGCGUGAUUGCCAAUGGCAACACAGCUGGGACAUCAAGUCUCCACCAGGUCUAGCACAUGAUGGUAGCCAGGACGAAGACGGGCCACGAAAACGUCGAAAGCUCUCUUCUGAACCUGGCUCUGCCCCAGUAGGGUCUCUAUCGACUCAUCCAGAGCCUUCCUCAGCACUGCGACCGGUCUCUCCUCCGCCGUUGAAACGCAAGCUUCCUCAGCCUACAAAUAUCACUGCUCCGACUGCCUCAUCGCCAAAGCCGCCCCCGAGCUCAGCGGGAUCGUUUACGCCAGCAAGCGAGCCGGUUCGGGCCACCACGUCUCAACAUGUCGCACCCCAUCAGAACACGCCAGUGAAGGCAGCACCGGCGAAGCCCUCGCCAGUGAAGGCGACACCAGUAAGGGCAACACCAAGGAAGCCGGAGGCUUUAAAUCCCCGACAUCUGAAGUCUGCACCCACGGGCCAUGAUUUCCGCUACAAGGCUCUCAAACUUCUCCAUGAGCAGUUUCAGCGCCUCAAUAACGAGCUGAAGAGGGACGCCAAGGAAGAUGAGGAAAAGCUGGUACUCUCGGACCAAGAAGUCAUCUGGCUGGCGUUGGAUGAGGAACAGCGGAUGGCGACGGAUAAGCCAUCCAUCUACCAAAACGUCAUCAAGAACCGGAUCAUGGCGUACAAGCGCAUGACGCCCGCCCAGUGGAAGACCGAGCGUGAGGCAGAGCUCAAGAAGAAGUCGGCCACGGCGACGCCGGGUUCAAAUACACUGAGUUCAAAGAACCUAGCAAAGGCCGUCAUGGGCCCGCCAAAGGAUGUCCAAACUGGUCUAACUCCCGAGCAAGAAGUCGAGUUCCUGGCCCACCUGUACACUCCUAUUGACCACCUCUCCGAGUUCAACUACGUCCCCACGGCCCCGAGCGACGAGGACAUUGCCAGGGCCCGCGAAGGGGAUGAGGCUUCAGGAGGAUGGGAGGUAUGCGACCGGUGUGCGACUCGCUUUCAGGUAUUUCCCGGCCGACGUGAGGAGGAUGGGGCCCUGGCGUCGGGCGGCAAAUGCGUACAUCAUCCAGGGAGGGCGUACUUCCCCGAUCGGACGCCCGGCGUGUUCAAUAGACCCGCCAAGCGCUACCGAUGCUGCCAGGAGGUGGUGGGCGAGUCGCCUGGUUGCGCGGCCAGCGACACGCAUGUCUUCAAGACGACGUCUCCAGCACGCCUGGCGGCACUUAUCCCCUUCGUCCGGACACCACCCAACCCGUCGGUGCCCAAGGACCGCGCUGUCUGCUUCGACUGCGAGAUGGGCUACACUGUCUACGGGCUGGAGCUGAUCCGUAUCACGGCCACAAGCUGGCCUGACGGCAAGGAACUGCUGGAUGUCCUCGUCCAGCCCCUCGGCGAGAUCCUGGACCUGAAUUCGAGAUACUCUGGCGUAUGGCCCGAGGACAUCGUCAACGCCGAGCCCUGGUCAGGUGAGACGCUGGGUAGCGAAGGCCAAAAGGAUAAGACCCAAGAAGAGCGAGAAGCGAGUAAAGACGCGGACCCCACAGAACGGAAAAGGAUGCGCAUCGUUCCGUCUCCUGUUGUUGCCCGCGAUCUCCUGUUCUCCCUCAUAUCGCCCACUACGCCUCUGAUCGGUCACGGACUGGAAAACGACCUGAAUGCGGUGCGCAUCAUACACCCCACCGUGAUCGACACCAUCUUGUUGUACCCACACCACAAGGGCGGCUUGCCGAUGCGAUACGGACUGAAGAUGCUCAUGGAGACGCAGCUCAACAAAGCGAUACAAGUAGAAGAGACCGACGGCAAGGCGAUGGGGCAUGACAGUGCCGAGGAUGCCCGCGCGGCGGGCGAGUUGGUGCGGCUCAAGGUGCAGGAGAAGUGGAGCACUAUGAAGAGAGAGGGAUGGAGGAUCGUCGACGGCAAGUUCGUGGCUCCUGGCGGAGAGAGCAGAGACUCGAGCGAGGAGAAGGUUGUUGAGGAAGAGGGGACGCCUGCCUAACAUGGAUUUGGACCCAGGAUUGUGCAGCUCCUGGAUGGCGGUCCGGCGAGC